CUAUGACUUCUUCCCCUUCUUCCACAAACAUCAACAUCGCACAAGUUGGUUGGUAUAUUUGCAACUCAUUAUCAUUUCAAAGUUCACAUCAAACGAUAACAGAAAAAACGGUAAUACCUGUACGUGUACGAGACUACAGCACCAAUUAAGAGGCGCUUGAAUUCGGCACAAUGUUGCGAGCAAUCGGUCAAUCGUCAGCAACUAUAAUGAACAGCAGAAAUUUGUGCAGCAAAGCCAGCUCUCGGCUGCAGGGAAAAGUGGCAGUGGUAACCGCCUCCACAGACGGCAUCGGGUACGCAAUCGCGGAACGGCUUGGUCAGGAAGGUGCCAAGGUGGUUGUCAGUAGCCGGAAGGAACAGAAUGUGGCCAAAGCGGUGGACAAGCUCAGCAAAGCGGGACUAGAUGUGGCCGGCAUUAAGUGUCAUGUGGCCAACGCAGCCGACCGGAAGGCACUGUUUGAAAAAGCAGUUCAAAAGUACGGUGGAAUCGAUAUCCUUGUUUCGAAUGCCGCUGUCAAUCCGGAAGUAGGUGCAGUGUUGGACGCCAGCGAGGCCGCUUGGGAUAAGAUAUUUGAGGUGAAUGUCAAGUGUUCAUUUCUACUGGCUAAAGAAGCACUGCCCUAUAUCCGGCAACGAAAGGGAGGAAGUAUUGUGUUUGUAUCUUCUAUUGCCGGCUUUCAACCGUUUUCCCUUCUUGGGGCUUACUCGGUUAGUAAAACCGCUCUGUUUGGUUUAACCAAAGCAGCCAGUCAGGACUUGGCAAGCGAGAACAUUCGGGUGAACUGUGUUGCUCCGGGUAUUGUGAAAACCAGAUUUUCCGCUGCGCUACACGAAUCGGAAGGUGCCCAGGAAGCCGCACUUUCUACAAUUCCAAUGAAGAGAUUUGCGGAGCCAAAAGAGAUUGCAGGUGUCUGCGCAUUCCUGGUGUCGAAUGAUGCAAGCUAUAUAACCGGAGAAACGAUUAUUGCCUCCGGCGGAAUGCCAUCAAGGCUAUAAGUGAUACGCAAUUUGGUGAUUGGGGCACAUUUCAGACAAUAUAAUAAACACAAAAUUUGUUGAGUUUUAA